ACCUGGAGCUCCGACAUAGAAGAAAGAUAUGGGUGCGGUGCGUUUUAUUGGUAUAGUACAAGUUGUUUUCUGCUAUGCAUCAUAGGCCUGUAAGCCCGUAUCUUAUCUUCUCUCUUCCUUUAGACAUCUCAUUCAACCUCUCGCAAUUAUCAAAUUUCUCCCAAAAACUCUAUCCAAGAUUGGGUCUUUCGCUUUCAUUUCAUAUAUUAUCCAAGAUGAUCUCGACUGGCAGCAGAUGCCUUACUAAUUUUAGGCUUCAUCGGCUAAUGGGUAUUUUCGAUUCCGUUUCUUAUAGUAGUUCUACCAGUCACAGGCGAGAGGUAAAAGCAAUUCUGAUUCAUUCGAUAAUAUUGAUGAUGCUUUAGCUUCUUUCAAUUUGAUGCUUCAUAGUAAUCCCUCACCGCGUGUAUGGAAUCUAAUAAAUUAUUAUCUGCACUUUUCCGACUGAAACAUUAUGAUACUGUCAUUUCUUUGUACAAACAGAUGGAAUUGUCUAGAAUUUCUCUAGAUUCAUUCUAUUAGUAUUUUGACUAAUUGCUUUUGCCAUCUGGACCGCGUGGAUUUUGGGUUCUCUCUUAUGGGGAAAAUCUUCAAACUUGGUUUUCAGCCUAACAUUAUAAUGCUUAAUACGUUAAUCCAUGGGCUUUGUAAGGAGGAUGGAUUUGAUGAAGCUGUGGAAUUAUUUGAUGAAAUCGUUGCAAAAGGGUAUAAACCUAUUAUUUACACCUAUAAUUUGAUUGUGAUCGUCUGUGUAAAAUUGGGAAAACCAAUGUGGCCUUUGGUAUUCUAAGAAGAAUGCUCGAGGAAGGUUGUGAACCUAAUGUGGUAUCAUAUAGUGCCAUCAUUGACAGCCUUUGUAAGGAUAAAUUAGUUACUGAGGCAUUAGAGCUCUUCUUGAAAAUGAAGAGUGAAGGCAUCUUGCCGAGUGUUGUGACUUACAGCUCUUUAAUCCAUGGUCUUUGCAAGGCAGGCCGAUGGGAGGAAGCUUCUAUGCAGCUCAAUGAAAUGUUGGAAGCAAACAUCACUCCGGACUUACCUACAGUAUAUUGGUUGAUGAACUUUGUAAGUGUGGAAGGGUUAAAGGCUCAUGGCAUAGUCAAAUUGAUGAUCCAAAGAGAAAUAAAGCCUAAUGUUGUGACUUACAGCUCUUUAAUCCAUGGUCUGUGCAAGUCAGGGCAAUGGGAGGAAGCUUCUAUGCAGCUCAAUGAAAUGUUAGAAGCGGACAUUGCACCAAACUUAAUUACCUUCAAUAUAUUGGUUGAUUGGCUUUGUAAGGAAGGAAGGGUUUCAAAGACUCGUGGUAUAGUCAAAUUGGUGAUUCAGAGAGGAAUAAAGCCUAAUGUUGUGACUUACAGCUCUUUAAUCUAUGGUAUGUGCAAGUCAGGCCGAUGGGAAGAAGCUACUAUGCAGCUUAAUGAAACGUUGUAAGCAAACAUCACACCAAAUUUAUUUACCUUCAGUAUAUUGGUUGAUAGACUUUGUAAGGAAGGAAGGGUUUCAAAGGCUCAUGGUAUAGUCAAAUGGAUGAUUCAAAGAGGAAUAAAUCCUAAUGUUGUGACUUACAGCUCUUUGAUGGAUGGAUAUUGUCUACUCAACAAAAUGGAUGAAGUUAGAGAAAUUUCUGACAUGAUGCUAAGUAAGGGUUGUACACCUAAGGUUGUUACCUACAAUAUCUUGAUCAACGGUUACUGUAGGUGAAAAAGGAUAGAUGAGGCAUUGAGGCUUCUUGAUGAAAUGCCUGGCAAAGGAUUGAUCGCUAACAAUUUCACUUAUAAUUCUCUUAUGCAUGGCUUGUGUAAAGCAAAAGGUCCUCAGGCUGCAUAUAAGUUUUUCAAGAACUUGUGUGCCGUGGUAACUUGCUCAAUUUUGAUAGAUGGCUUCUGUAAGCAUGGGUGUCUAGAUAUGUCAUUGACCCGAUUUCAUGAAAUGCAAAAGAACUUAUUAAGACCUGAUCUUAUUGUCUAUAAUACUUUAAUUGAUUGUACGUUCAAAGUUGGAAAGCUUGAAGCUGCAAAGGAACUGUUUUCUAGGCUUUUCAUAGAAGGGUUGCAGCCUGAUGUUUGCUCAUACAAUAUAAUGAUCAUGAGACUUUGUAAAGAAGGAUUAUUAGAUGAAGCAUUCAAGAUUUUCAGAAAAAUGGAAGGGACUGGUUACUUUCCAGAUAAUUGCACAUAUAAUGUGAUUAUCCAAGGAUAUCUCCGAUACAAUGAUUCGUCCAUGGCCACACAACUUAUUGAUGAAAUGGUUGGCAAGGGUUUCUCUGCAGAUGCCACCACCAUGGAAUUGGUAAUAAAUUUAGUUAUCAACAAGCCUGAUGAUCUGCUUGCUCAAAAGCUGCUAAGCUGCUCUAAACGUGCUAAGGAUGUAAACUUGAAGUGAGAUUUUUUUUUUGAAAGGAACUUCAAGUGAGAUUUCAGGAUAAAACAAUUGUUAUACAGCGGCAACAGGUUUUAUUGUAUUUCAAGUUGUCACUCCAACUUGACUCAAGAACAUGCUCUAUUCUUUGCAAAUCAAACUUUAGAUGGUAGAAUUGAGUAUGCUGUGAUUUUAUAUAUUUGUAUCAGACUCCUGCAGCUUUCCUUGGCAAAUAAUAUCUAUUUACAUGUGCUAUAUACAUAAUAUAUUUUGGAAGCAGUUGAUCCAAUAAGUGGUUAUUUAGUAAGAGUUUACUUUCCUUCA